CCAGGGCAGGAAGCGCGGUGUGAGCGCCCAGGCCCGGAGGCGGCCGCCAUGGCGGACGAGAUCAGCAAAGCGCAGGCAGCCCGGCCCGGCGGUGACACCAUUUUCGGGAAGAUCAUUCGCAAGGAGAUUCCCGCCACUAUCAUCUUUGAGGACGAUCAGUGCCUUGCCUUCCAUGAUAUUUCACCCCAAGCUCCAACACAUUUCCUAGUGGUUCCUAAGAAGCCAAUCGUCAGGCUGUCUGAAGCAGAAGAUUCUGAUGAAUCUCUUCUUGGGCAUCUAAUGAUCGUUGGCAAGAAGUGUGCUGCUGAGCUGGGCCUGACCAAUGGAUUCCGGAUGGUUGUGAAUGAAGGGCCCGAGGGAGGGCAGUCUGUGUAUCACUUGCAUCUCCAUAUUCUGGGUGGUCGGCAGCUGGGCUGGCCUCCUGGCUAACAUUAUUGCACCACAGGAGUUCACUGCAUACUUACUAGUCACCACCAAGUGGAUCCAAUGUGUUGCCCAUCAAGCUAGCCACUGUUAAUGUGUUCUGUGAUUUGUUGUGGGAUUUUUUGGUUUGGUUGGUUUGGUUUUUUUUUUUUGUUUUUGUUUUUUUGGUUUUGUUUUUUUGUGUUUUUUUUUUUUUUUUUGACUGUGUUAGAAGAGUAAUAAAUGCUCUGAACAACAUUUGCACAAUAAAGAUUUAGCAUGUGGGAAUCAUC